UGACCUUUUACCCCAUGUGUUUUAGCGAUUGCGAAAAUUUGUGUAGUUUGUGCGAGUAGAUAAACCAGUUGGCGUAUCAAAAUGGGCAAAUUGAACGUGACUAUGUUGCGUUACUUGACAAAGGAGGAUUUUAGAGUGCUCACAGCGAUAGAGAUGGGGAUGAAGAACCACGAGGUUGUGCCUGCCAGCCUCGUUGCCUCCAUCGCCAAACUCAAACACGGCGGCUGCCACAAAGUCCUGAAGGAACUCUGCAAGAACAAACUCAUCUGCUUUGACAGGGGAAAGACAUGGGAGGGCUACCGUCUGAUCUACAGCGGUUACGACUUCCUGGCGCUGAAGUCACUGACCUCGCGAGAGGUCGUGGCCUCGUUUGGGAACCAGAUUGGGGUUGGCAAGGAGUCAGAUAUCUACAUUGUUGCUGAUGAAGAAGGGGAGCAGCUGGUCAUGAAACUGCACAGACUCGGUCGUCAGUCCUUCCGUGCCAUCAAGCACAAGCGUGACUACCACCGGCACCGGGCAAGCUGCUCCUGGCUCUACCUGUCCAGACUGGCUGCCAUGAAGGAGUUUGCUUUCAUGAAAGCUCUGUAUGACCAUGGUUUCCCUGUGCCCAAACCUGUGGACUUCAACAGACAUGUGGUGGUCAUGGAACUGGUCAAUGCCUACCCAAUGUGCCAGGUCCAUGACGUAAGCGACCCUCCUGCUGUGUAUAACGAGUGUAUGGAGCUGAUCGUGAGGUUUGCGAAGCACGGUCUGAUCCACGGAGACUUCAACGAGUUUAACCUGAUGCUGGACGACAAGGACAGGGUGACAGUGAUCGACUUCCCUCAGAUGGUCUCCAUCUCUCAUCCUAAUGCUGAAUGGUACUUCAACAGAGAUGUCCAGUGUAUCCGAGACUUCUUCCAGCGUAGGUUUGGCUACGAGAGUGAGCUGUACCCAACAUUCGAUGACGUCAGACGUGAGUUUGACCUGGAUGUGGAGGUUGCUGCGAGUGGUUUCACAAAAGAGAUGCAGGAGUCCCUGGAACAGGGAAUGGAGGAGGAGGCUUCCACCAGCAAACUGAAGAAGUUAGAAGCAUCUCAACAGGAUGACGAGGAUGGAAGUAGUGAUGAGGAUGAGGAGGAAGAUGAGGUGGAAGAAGAGGAAGAAAAUAUUGAAGGCAAAAGUGAUCAGUCUUCCAGACCUCCCGAGUCGGGAGCAACAGCUGGUACAAUGCUAGAAUCUUCAACAUUUUUACACAGUAAUGCAGUGGACACUGAGAAAUCUGCAGACAAUGAAGACCAGAAUGAGCAGGAAGAUGUUGUGACUUGUGAUAGAGUUACAGAACAAGAGAGAAAACAAACUGAUGAUGAUGAGGAGGGCAGUUCAGAGGAGGACGACUUGAACUUGGAAGAUUUAAGCAUGGCGAAUCGUAGCCAGCGCCCGUUUCGUGACUCCUCCAGCCAGAGCAAGCCGAUGUCUCACAGGACCAGGAGUUCUCCCAGCGUGAGCAGCACCGUCUCCCAGGCAACCAUGGACAAGGACUACGUCCGAGCCAAGGUGAAGCAGAGCCUGGCCAAGAAGAAGAAGGCGGUGCAAAAGAGAAGACUACUGAAGGGGGAGGCCGGCGCGGUUACCAGGACACGCAGGGAGAACAGGGACAACAUCAAACAGAGCCUCUCUUCUGUCUGGUUCUAUCGGAGAUACGUGUUUUCGUCGUCGAGUAACCAGGAAACUUAUAUUGGUGAAACGGAGAGGUCUCUAAAAGCCAGGGAAGCGUCUAUGAUCGCCAGGGGCGCAGUAUUGGGGCUUGCCAAGCGAAUCGGUCGUGAGAUACGCCGAAGUAUGAGCGCUAGUUCGCCCCCUGCACAGCAGGGUAAGAAGAAAGAGAAGAAGGAGAAGAAGGGCAAGGGGGGUGUGGAUGCAGGGGGGUUUCCCCUGGAGAUGGACCCCCCACCUGCGUACCUUCAAGAGAGGGUGGAACUGUUCGACAAGCUAUACAAGGAGUACCAGGAUGAACUGGCAGCCAAGGAUCCAACACCCAUCAAGGUGACGCUCCCCGAUGGCAAACAGCUGGAUGGACAGGCCUGGCGAACCACCCCCCUGGAUAUAGCCACUUCUAUCAGCAAGGGUCUGGCAGACAACACUAUCGUGGCCAAGGUGAACGGUGCGGUGUGGGAUCUGGACAGACCGUUCGAAGGCGACGCCUCGGUGGAGUUCCUGAAGUUUGACGACGACGAGGCGAAGGCGGUGUACUGGCACUCUAGCGCACACAUCAUCGGGGAGGCCAUGGAGAGACACUACGGGGGGUGUCUGUGUUACGGACCUCCCAUCGAGGACGGGUUCUACUACGACAUGCAUUUAGAGGGAAGACAAGUGUCCAGUAAUGACUUCCCAGCCCUGGAGACAGUGACCAAGAGCAUCCUGAAGGAGAAACAACCCUUCAUAAGACUGGAGAUGAAGAAGGAGGAUCUUCUCAAAAUGUUUGCUUACAACAAGUUCAAGGUGCGAAUCCUGGAGCAGAAGGUGACCACGCCUACCACCACGGUGUACAGAUGUGGACCUCUCAUCGACUUGUGUCGAGGGCCGCACGUCAGACACACCGGAAAGAUCAAGGCUCUGCACGUCCACAAAAACUCGUCCACGUACUGGGAGGGUAAGGCGGACAUGGAGUCCUUACAGAGGAUCUACGGCAUCUCCUUCCCCGACAACAAGAUGCUGAAGGAGUGGAAGGAGUUCCAGGAGCAGGCUAAGGAACGGGACCAUCGCAAGAUCGGCAGGGAACAAGAGCUAUUCUUCUUUCAUGAGCUCAGUCCCGGGAGUUGUUUCUUCCUGCCUAAGGGAGCCCACAUCUACAACAAACUCAUAGACUACAUCAAGGAGGAGUAUCACAAGCGGGGGUUCCAAGAGGUGGUGUCGCCCAACAUGUACAAUGUGAAACUGUGGAAGACGUCAGGCCACUGGGACCACUACUCCGAGAACAUGUUCAGUUUCGAGGUAGAGAAGGAGACCUUUGCCCUCAAACCCAUGAACUGUCCAGGACACUGUCUGAUGUACGAUGUCCGUCCCCGCUCGUGGCGCGAGCUGCCCCUGAGAAUGGCAGACUUCGGUGUGCUGCACCGUAACGAGCUGUCAGGUACGCUGACCGGCCUGACGCGCGUACGGAGGUUCCAACAGGACGACGCACACAUCUUCUGCACCAUGGAACAGUUGGAGGAUGAGAUAGAAGGAUGUCUGGAGUUCAUGAAGACCAUCUACAACACUUUCGGCUUCGACCUCAAGCUGUUCCUGUCCACACGACCAGAGAAGGCCAUCGGGGACAAGGACACCUGGGACAGGGCAGAGAAGCAUCUAGCCUCUGCUCUAGACAAGUUCGGCAUGCCAUGGAAGCUCAACCCUGGGGAUGGAGCCUUCUAUGGACCAAAGAUUGAUAUCCAGGUGUUUGAUGCCCUGCGCCGUGCUCACCAGUGUGCCACCAUCCAGCUGGACUUCAACAACCCUGAGAGAUUCAACCUCACCUACGUCAGUGGAGAUGGGGACGAGAAGAAGCGUCCAGUGAUGAUUCACCGCGCCAUCCUCGGCUCCGUGGAACGUUUCAUCGCCAUCCUGUGUGAGAAUUUUGGCGGGAAGUGGCCGUUCUGGCUGUCCCCCCGUCAGGCCAUGGUGGUUCCUGUGUCUCCUGACCAGAAUGAGUACGCUCAGAAGGUCCGAGACAGCAUCCAUGAUGCCGGGUUCAUGUGUGAGGCAGACUGUGACCCCGGGGACACCAUGAACAAAAAGAUCCGCAACGCUCAACUGGCUCAGUACAACUUCAUCAUGGUUGUAGGGAAGAAGGAAGUGGAAAGCGGAACAGUGAACGUACGCACUCGUGACAACAAGGUCCACGGGGAACGGUCCGUGGAAGACGUUAUCCUCCGCUUCCGCAAGCUGCAAAAUGAGCGUGUGAAGAACAGCGAAGAAACAUUUGAAGACAAUUAAGACAGUACAACUAGCACUUGUAUAGGACAGAUAAGAAUUAAAGUCCUGUUUCUUCAAUUAUGAAUAAAUCAGCCCUGCAAAUUAUUCAUAUUUUAUUGUCUGCAUAGUCCAUAAUGAGAGCUAAACUUAUACUAGUACAUGUAUGUGUAACAACUGUUAUAUGAUUAGAAAAACUUGAAGUAAACUUAAAGUCUUUAGUAUGAUAGAGCCUACUGGCCCCGGAAGACACAUUAGGUAGUAUUGAUAAUGUAUCAAUACUCAAUGCAAGAUGUUACUGUGCCUGAUGAAUUGUUCCAAAUGUCAAAGAUAGUGAAUGAUUUUACAAGGGUUAAAGGGAGAUAUUAUGAGUAUGCAGUCAUGUCAUCAUUGAAAAUUGAUAAUAAAGUGUUUAAAAAAGUUAUUCUACAUGGAGAUGAAAAUGGUAACCAAUGUGUAAAGCUUGCAUUGAGGCUAGACAAAAUACUUCACAAUAUCUGCAGUAUAAAAUAUCUCGAAAUACAUUGCACUUUGGACUCACAUUCACCAACUGUUAACUGUACUUGAGCAUGUUUG